AUGACCAAGGAGAUCCGAUUCCCCGAUAAAUUCAUCAUCUGGGACGCAUUCUCACACACUCCGGGCAAGACCAAGAACGGCGAGACGGGCGACGUAGCGAUCGAUCACUACCACCGUUACAAGGAAGAUGUGGCGCUUAUGAAGAGUAUGGGACUCAAGGCUUAUGGCUUCUCCAUCGCCUGGCCACGUAUCAUUCCGGCCGGGGUGGGUGAGGUUAACGAGGAAGGCGUCCAGUUCUACGACAACCUCAUUAACGAGCUACUCGCUAACGGAAUUGAGCCCAUGGCUACGCUGUACCAUUGGGACUUGCCAUUGGCAUUGCAGACGGAAUUCGAUGGCUUCCUGGGUGAGCAGAUCCAAGAACACUUCGCUCAGUAUGCUCGAGUGUGCUUUAAUCGAUUCGGUGACCGUGUCAAGAGCUGGAUCACAAUGAACGAGCCAUGGGUGGCCAACUACAUGGGCUUCGGUUCGGGUAUGUUGGCUCCUGGACGUAAGCACAACAAGCACUUUGAGCCAUACCUUGCGGGUCACAACAUGCUUCUUGCACACGCUCGGGCGGUGGACGUGUACCGUAAGGAAUUCCAGGAGACGCAAGGUGGUCAAAUCGGUAUCACGCUGAGUGCUGAAUGGAAAGAGCCUGGCCCCACCGACGAUCCGGAACAGAAGGAGAAAAACGUCGCUGCAGCGGAGCGUGCGAUGGCUUCACCAAGGAGCAGAAGAAGCUACUGA